GGCUUGUUUUCCCUGGGGAGCGCGUCCUCAUUUGCGUGUUUCCUGCUCUGCUCGGGCUCAAGCGCGUCCACAUUUCCCUAGCGUCCUCGGCUCCAGCCCUCGUUUGACUGUCAAACCAGGCGGUGAGGCUCCUUUCCUCCGCCCUUGCGCAUCUCGCAUCCAGUCGCUACCAGGGAGGAGCGCAGGGGAGUGCCCUGCGCCGCAGACAGCCGACACACAGCCUCCUCAUCAUCCUCUUCCUCCUGCACUCGAGCCGGACUCCACUGACGAGGAAACGCCACCGACCGGUUAUUCUUGCCGUUAAAGCCCAGUCGGCUUCUUCCAUUACUCGCCUGCACAGAAACUCGACCGGCGCUACUGCCCGGUAGGCCCGACGCAGUAGCGCCAUGGAGGAGUUGGACCUCCCACAGAUGAAGAAAGAAGUGGAAACACUUCAGCAGCAGCUGGCGAUUAACAGAGAGAAAGCCUCCGUCACUGUUACUGAGCUGGUGAAGUGGAUCGAGGGCUGCGUUUGUGAGGAUCCGUUCCUGAACCCUGAGCUGAUGCGAGCCAACCCCUGGGUGGAGAAGGGAAAGUGUGUGAUCCUCUAAUAACGGAUGCAUAUAAA